AUGGUUGUGAGGAAGGCGAUAGAGGAAGCAAAUAUCCCUUUCACAUACAUCUCCGCCAACCUAUUUGUGAGCUACUUUGCGGGCAGCCUGUCUCAGAUGGGGUCUUUUGUGCCUCCCAGGGAAAAGGUCCACCUCUUCGGAGAUGGCACACUCAAGGCCAUUUUCGUCGAUGAAGACGAUGUCGCCACCUACACUAUAAAGACCAUCAAUGACCCCCACACCUUUAACAAGAUUCUCUACCUCAGGAGACGGUCGAAAUACCAAAUUUUUCACACUGUUCACACGAACAAGGCUAGUGAAGACAAGAGCUUUAGCUGCGUUAAACAAGAAGAUGAUGCCAAUGGCAAAGUUGGUGUCACAUUAUCAAAAGAGAAAAGACCUUAUGACAAUUGCAGGGGAUGCUUUGAAAACCAACAUCACCAUCACCACAUUAAGCCCUCUUGUACUUUCAAAAUUUGA